GAAGAAUGUGAUAUAAUCAUGGAGUAGGUUAACACACAGACAAAACAAAACAAAUAGUACAUCUUUUUUUAAAAUAUUAAAUUAAAACACUGCACUAUAACUAUAAAAAAUAAAUGUCGUUUAAACAUCAACCAAACAUUAGACAGUGAGCAUACACUCUACUCUGUAAAGAGUCAAUUCUGAAGGUUGAGUCUUCGACUUUCUCGCCGCUCUUGAACGCAUCGUAACGCUGCAGGGAGCAGCAGGACGUCCACACUGAGCUGCCUCCUCUAAAAGAUAGUCCUCAGUUAGCGUUGAGUCUUCAGUGUGCUCUGAGCUAGGGGAUCCUGUGAGACAGGAUGGAGGACAUCUGCUGUGGACUCACUGCACCGGCUGCUUCACUGUCUGCUGGGACUUUGGAAGUUCUGCGCGUCUUUUGACGACUACACAGUCGGGGGAAUGAGAGAAACCUCCGUGUGGUUUUAUGCAAAUAUACUUAGAAGGUGAUCAACAUGCAGAGUGUGUUUUAAGACUGGAGCACCAGCUGAUCUGGUGCUGUUUUUACUUUCCACGUGGAAUCAUCGACUCUGAUUUUCCCCUGAACCCCCGAAGCUGUCAGUGGACCGUCUGCUUGGAGAAAAGGACUGAACACGAUGUGAACCCGAUUUCCAAGUGCUGCUGUUCCCCCUGAACAUGUGCAACACGUUACCGCCUGCACACAGCGACCCACUGAGACACACUAGCCGCGCCUGGAGCUCUGGAUCCGGCUAAAACAUGUUUAUCUUGUGGGUCCCGGUGAGUUUGUUCCUCAGCUUCAUCAUUUCUCAGACGUGGAGCGUUCAGAUGUCGUGGGAUAACUGGGACACGGAGCAGCGCAACCGAGGGAAUGAGUUUGAUAAGCCGAGCUCUCAGCCCCACAUCGUUUUCAUCCUGGUGGAUGACCAAGGCUUCCGGGAUGUAGGGUACCAUGGCUCCGAGAUUAAAACCCCGACUCUGGACCGGCUGGCAGCGCAGGGAGUCAAACUGGAGAAUUACUAUGUGCAGCCGCUCUGCAGCCCGUCAAGGAGCCAGCUCAUGACCGGCAGGUAUCAGAUCCACACAGGCCUUCAGCACUCCAUCAUCCGAGCUACCCAGCCCAACUGCCUGCCCCUGGAAAAUGUCACCCUGCCCCAGAAGCUCAAGCAAGCAGGCUACUCCACCCACAUGGUGGGCAAGUGGCACCUGGGCUUCUACAAGCGUGGCUGCCUACCCACUCAGCGUGGCUUCGACACUUUCUUCGGCUCCCUACUGGGAAGCGGGGACUACUACAGUCACUAUAAAUGUGAAGGGCCCGGUAUGUGUGGCUAUGACUUGUAUGAAGGGGAAGAGGCAGCUUGGGAACAGGACCGUGGCUUGUACUCGACCAUGAUGUUUACUCGAAAGGCUAUCUCUAUCUUAGCUAAUCACAAUCCUCGCAGACAACCCUUGUUUCUCUACUUAGCCUAUCAGGCAGUUCAUUCGCCGUUGCAGGUUCCUGCCCGCUACCUCGAGCGCUACAAAGGCAUUCCAAAUUUGCAUCGUCGCAAAUAUGCUGCCAUGGUGUCUUGCCUUGACGAAGCUAUCCACAACCUCACGUCAGCAUUAAAACGCUACGGUUAUUAUGACAACACAGUUAUAAUUUACUCCUCGGAUAAUGGAGGCCAGCCUUUAGCAGGUGGAAGCAACUGGCCCUUGAGGGGGAGUAAAGCCACCUACUGGGAAGGAGGUAUUCGAGCAGUGGGCUUUGUUCAUAGUCCCCUGUUGGUAAACAAAGGGACAAAAUGUCGCUCUUUGGUCCACAUCACUGACUGGUUUCCUACACUGGUGACACUGGGUGAAGGGACUUUAGACGAGGAUCUAAAUCUGGAUGGGUACGAUGUCUGGGAGGCUAUUAGUGAAGGCCGCCCAUCUCCUCGCCAGGACAUUCUACACAACAUUGACCCGAUCUACAUCAGAGCCAAGAAUGGUUCAUGGAAAGCCGGGUAUGGCUUAUGGAAUACAGCCAUCCGGGCUGCACUCCGGGUAGGUCACUGGAAGCUCCUGACAGGUGUCCCCGGCUACAGUGACUGGGUGCCCCCGCAGACCUUCUCCAACCAGCGGCUAACCAAUCGCUGGCAUAAUGAGCGCGUCCGUUGGGACAGGGGUAAAUCCAUCUGGCUGUUCAAUAUCACAGCUGACCCUUAUGAGAGAGUGGACUUGUCCCAGCGCUACCCUCACCUAGUGAAGAAGAUGCUAAUGCGGCUAGCACAGUACAACAAGACUGCAGUGCCGGUACGCUACCCAGCUAAAGACCUGCGUUCUAACCCUCAGUACAAUGGGGGGGUGUGGGGACCCUGGUACAAAGAUGAAAGGGAGGAGCAAGAGGAGGAUGAGAGAUAUCAUAACUUGUUCACCAACCAUCUUGGAAAAAGAAGAUGGAGAAAGAAAUCAAAGAACAGAAAGUUGAAAAGGAAGGUAGAAGAGUAGCCUGCCCCAUUUGUGAAAGACUUUGGUUGCCUUUUCUCAGGGAUUGACACUUGCUGUUUCAGGAUUGUCCUCUUCAGACAUUUAAACUCCAGUUCAUCUUAACUUGACUCCACUAUGUACUGUAUGAAAAACAAUGCCAAUGGACCCUUUGAAAUGCCUCAAUACAAAAAGACAAUGCUUUCAUUCAAACACUGUUGUCAUGUCCAGACACAACAAAGACCUCAUGUUAGGGGAAUUUAAAGAAUGUUACUCUUUCUAGAUUGUGUUGCAUGCUUGAACUGUUGUCACCUUUGGAUUGUUCUGUAGAGUAGAAAAAUAAAUUGUUUUAGACAGUUGCCAUAUACUUUGGCGACAGAAAUAAAGUAAGACAUAGUUCUAUUAUGUUGUUGAUUACGGAUGUAGGAUUUAUGUGAUGUGUGAGUUGACUUAUGUAGAUUUUAUGAGCAUAGUCUGUCUAAACUUUAGAAUAAUAGAUUUUGUUCCCUCUUUUAGAUAAUGUCUGGUCUGGCACCAGGCCAACCUGAAUGUAAAGCAAGCUAACAAAAUAAAAGCCCCAGAAACAAAGCUCUUUGAUUCCAGAAAACUGUCAAGCUCGUCUGAUUUGGAUUUAUUCUAGGCAGAUUUCCUCUAUUCUUUUGACAAUAAGUACUAUGGUAAGUGGAUAGUUUUAA